UAUGUCAGAUUAUUAUGUACAAUAAAGUUCAGAAUGGUAAAUAUCAUUUACUAAAUUAGUGAUUAUUUAUUUAAAGUCUUAUUAAUUGGAAAUAGUGGAGUAGGUAAAUCAUGUAUGUUAAUGAGAUUUAGCGUAAUAAUUUAAAAAUUUAAAAAUAUAGGAAAACUAAUUUACAAAUCAUUUCUAUAAUACUAUUGGUGUUGAUUUUGUAAAUAUAUAUGUUUAAAUACAUUAGAAAAUUAAAGUAUUUUAAAUUGAUAAAUCAACUGUCAAAUUGUAAAUAGUAAACAUACAUAAUUCCAAUAUUUUAGUGGGACACAGCAGGUCAGGAUAGAUUCAGAACUAUUACAAGCAGUUAUUAUAGGUAUUUCAUAUUUAAUAUUAAAUUCUAGAGGAGCUUAAGGAAUCAUUAUAGUCUUCGAUGUUACAGAUAGAGAAUCCUUUAACUAAAUUAGAUAAUGGAUGCAAGAGAUUGAUAAAUUUGCAGCAGAAUCAGUUAAUAAAAUAUUAGUUGGAAAUAAAAUAGAUAGCUCUUAAAGAAGAGUAUCAACAGAUGAAGCUGAAGCAUUAGGUAUUCAAUUUUAUCAUUCAAGCUAAAUCAUUUAAUAUUUCAUAUAUUGAAACAUCUGCUAAAACAAACAUCAAUAUUGAAAAUUGUUUUAGUUUAAUUACUAGGCAAAUCAUCUUAAGAGUUGGAAAACCAAAUUAGUAAACAAUUUAAUCUCAUAAAUAUUAGAAAUUAAAAAAGUAAAGUAGGAAUGAAAUUGUAAUAGAACUCACCAUAAUAAUAAUAAAAAUAAAAUAAAAAAGGAGUUGAACAGGAUAGUUAAUGUUGUAUGCCUUGA